CGGCGUCUUUCUGUCUAACACUGCCAGCACGGACACCCUCCUCGCCGCUUAUACAGCCUCCACGAGCACGCUCUCGAUCUCUCGAUAUUCUCCGUCCUGAGGGCCGUCAUCGCACAUUCCGAAGUCGUGGUCGGCGCGCCCGCGUGAGAGCCGAUGUGGGCACAUGGGUUCCGCCUAUGUUGGUUGGUCUACACAAACUGUUGAGAGGUGCGGGAGCAGAUGUGCACGAUGUGCGGGGCGGCGGUUCCUCUUGAAGUUAGUUGAUUAGGGGCGCACGCCGCGAGCCACGUCUUGGCUGUGGUAACUGAGAUCGAGCGCGUGGUGUCCAUCCGCAGGGCGACCAAACAGGAGCUAGAGCAGUACACGCCCGCCCCGGCAUCAGCAUCGAACGAGUCCUCGCCCACCCUGUACUCGGUCGAGGAGGCAAAGCCGGCGGUGCCUGUGCGGCGCGCGAGCUCGUCGUCGGCCUCGAACAGGCGCGUGGACCGUCCAGAGGAGGCCCACUACCCGCUGCAGCCCAAUCUGCUCAGCCAGCAGCCGCCCUACUCGGCCGAGUCGCCGUCGAGGCGUCUGCCAUUCUCAGGGCGCUCGUCGGGCGAUGGCCGCUUCCGCAAAGCGUUGUCGGAGUGCUCGAGCUCCGCGGGCCGCUCGCCGCUGCCGAUUUUUGGUUAGAUGCCCACGGGGAGCACAACGGGCGUGCUCAGCAACGACUCGGAGGUCGCGGAGGGCUCCGAGGACGCUUGGAUGGAGCUCAAGCCCUACCUCAAGGCGCAGACCGUUUCGAGCGUCUACGCCAUCCAGAGCGUUCUGUCCGGUGGCCGCUCCCUGACGCCUUCGCCGACGCUCAACGAGAACCUCACGCAGAUCAUCAAGAUCGUGUGCAGUAUCGUCGCCGUCUGCCACAACAACCUCCCACCCGCGUCGGCGCAGCAGGGGAACGACAUCCUGCGCGAGCUCAGCGACUACACGAACAAGCUCAGUGAGGUCCAAGCCAUGCGCGACACUCCCACGAUGCAACCUCGGACAGGGUUGACUCCGCGUGGCGGCAUUUUCGACGUCGAGCUCGGAAGCGUGUUCUCUGUCAUUCCCAUCCCUGUCCCCAUCUCUAUGCCCAUGCUCAUCUCUCCAUCUGUCUUCUCGUCGUCCAUCUGGAAGCCACGCUCGUUGUCGGCCUACCGCUGA